AGACUCGUAAACAAACUUGUUUAUCAAAUCAAUUUCUUCGAUUUAAGAUGUCUUGAACUGAACAGUAACAAAUACGCGAUGCAUUAUGAAAACCUGGUGUCUUGGUGUAAUUUUAAAUAUUUUAGUUUUUGGAUGUUUCGGAAAACAACCACCUCAUAUAAUCUUCAUAGUUGCUGACGACCUUGGUUGGAAUGAUGUUGGAUGGCACAAUCCUAAAAUGCACACACCAAAUCUUGACAACCUAGCAAGACAAGGAGUCAUUCUAGAUUCAUCAUAUGUACAAUCAGUGUGUACCCCAUCAAGAAGUAGUUUAAUGACAGGAUUAUAUCCAUAUCACACCGGAAUGCAGCACGGUGUUAUAAGACCAUUUGAGCCAAAAUUUCUCCCGGAACAGUUUGAGAUAUUACCACAGAAACUGAAGAAUCUAGGAUAUUCUACACAUAUCAUUGGAAAAUGGCAUCUUGGAUACUGUAACUGGAAAUACACACCAACCUAUCGUGGAUUUGAUUCUUUCUUUGGUUUCUAUGCAGGAUCGGAAAGCUACUACAAUCAUACGAAAUGUAAGAACUAUUCCAUGUCUAAAGUUGGUUCAACGAGUUAUGAUUUCAGAUUGAAUGAGGAAGUUUAUCAUCAAGCCAAAGGGAUAUACUCAGCGGAACUAUUUUCUAAUCGUGCUAUCGACAUAAUUAACGAAGCAGAUCCUGACUCUCAACCUUUGUAUUUAUACAUCUCGUUCCAAUCAGUACAUGGUCCACUAGAGGUUCCGGAACGAUUUGAAAAAUACUAUCCAGAUGUGAUCUAUCCUGACAGGAAAACGUAUAGCGGGAUGGUAUCUGCUCUAGAUGAAGCGGUGGGAAAUAUAACUGGUGCACUUGAAGCAAAGGGCUUUAUGGACAACGCUGUUAUAGUUUUUACUACUGACAAUGGUGGUAAAGCUACUGAGGGUGGUUCUAAUUAUCCGUUACGUGGCAACAAAGGCUCUUUAUGGGAAGGCGGUACCCGAGGUGUGGCCUUUGUUCAUAGUCCUACCUUACUGAAAAAAUCGGGAUACAUUAAUACCGAAAUGAUACAUGCUGUUGACUGGUUCCCUACACUUGUACAAUUGGCUGGUGGUAAACCAGAUCCUUCAUUAGACGGUGUAAACCAGUGGAAGACUAUCAGUAAAGGACUUAGGUCAGCUAGGGAUGAAUUCAUCUACAACAUCGACAAUAUUGUUGAUAAGUGGGCUAUUAGGGUUGGAGAUUACAAACUUUUAUACGGUGAAAACCAAGACGAAAUAGACACGACUAAAGAGCUGCGACUAUUCAAUUUGAAAAACGACCCAUUUGAAAUGGAGGAUAUUGCCGAGAAAGAAAAUGAUAAAGUAGAAUCUUUAAUGAAAAAACUUAACUCUUAUCGCGAUACUCUAGUUCCUGCCAAUACCGGAGUUAAGGAUGUUCUUGCAAAUCCACAUCAAUUUAACCGUGAUAUUUUAAGACCGGGAUGGUGUUAAUCAAAGACAAACUAAUGUAUACGAUUUUGUAUAAAACAUUUCAUAACAAGUCUUAUAAAAACACUUAUUUUUUUAAUAAAAAUGGAAUUCCAAAGGAAAUAUCAGAAAUGAAAACGAUUUAGAAUAAAGGAUAUUUAGAGAU